AUGGAUAUUUGGGUGCAAUCUAUUGGUGGAAAGAAAAAAGGAAAGGUUGCAGGCCUUGGCUCCUUGGGUCGAUCAGUAAAAGCACUUAAGCAUUCAACAUCUACUUUACCAGGAGAAAUUGAUGAGAUGAUUAAAUCUCAGGUGCAUACUUCCAAUGCUAACUUAUAUGCUCAGUUGCAAGAAGAGCGGUGCAAAAACAAAAAAAUGAGGAAGGAAUUAGACUUAUUGAAGAAGUAUGUGAAUUUCAAUGCAUCAUCUUCAAAUGAGUUAUCAUCUCAAGAAGACAAUCAAGAAUCUGAGGAUGGAAGUGACAAUGACUCUGAUAAUGUGAAUGAAAGUGGUUCUAACCCUGGUAACGUGAAUGAAACUAAAACUGUUAUGAGCUUGUUACGAGUUGAAUGGAGGUAUGGUAGGCUGUUGAGUGGAGCUAAGAAUAAUGGAGAAAGAAAAAUGACAACGAGUACGGAACAACAGAAUCGUUUUGUUGGGACUACUGUUGCUGCAAUGGCUACUGCAUCUUCAAGUCGCACAACGCCUACACUGGCGAUGGCAUCAGCAGAAAAGCCCGAAAAGUUUUCCGGCGUGGACUUUAAGUGUUGGAAGUAG